AUGUCUCAUAUUCCCAGUGAAAGAUUACUCGACAUCGAGGAUGCUCUGGUGUCACCUUCAAACCCGGCACGAGCUGACGGAACGCUCGAUUACGAGCGCUGCGCCAGGUUACACAAUUACCUGAUCGCUUAUGGCUGGAUGGUCCGUCACGAGAAAGGACCUCAUGAACUUGAUGAAUUAUUGCAUCGGCCAAAGUACCUUGAUAAUGCCCAGUCAAGUUACUCUCCAGACCGUCUGCAUCCCGAUGUGAUCGCAUUUCUCAAUGCUAUCAUUCCUCCUCGGUAUGAUGAAGGAACGUGCUACUUCGUUGGUGCUCUGGAAGUGCGGUCUGCUGAUGAAGUUUUUAUAUCUGACGAUAAUCGCUUUGAAGACAUUGACCGUUUUGUUAUUAUUUAUCGUACUUAUUUUGAGCUGGGGUCUCAAUGUCUGGGCUUGGUUUAUGACCAAGAAUACCAUCGCGCAGCUGUUCCAUUGUUCAUUGGGAGCUCAGAGAGCAUAGAACCCAUUGCUGACCAUGAGAACCUAUGGAUGCCUCUUGAAACUAUUCUCAGCAAUUGGAUACACAUGGUUAACAUUGGAAAGGUCACUACGGAUUCAGCUUCCGAUGAGGAUCUUGAGGAGAUGUCACAAAAUGGGAUGUGGAGGUGGCAAUCCUAUAGCCCUGCCCAGGUGGACACCGCUGUCGCAGCCAUGAAUCGACUUUCAGCUUCAAUUGAGGCUAAGAUGUCUCCAGAGUCACUCUCUUUGGCCCAUCGAGACAACCCCCUUCUGACUGAUGAAGAGUUAGAUGCGGCAUUGAUUCCAAAGCGCUGCUUCAUUCGCUCAUUCUUGACCAGAGUUCGGACGCCUGGUUUCAAGUUUAUUGCACCGGGCCUUGAGGUCCCACAUGAUGCAGCGGCUUUUUCGGCUCGCCAAAAAUUUACCGGCCUACCCCGUUCACCGGAUGACACGAGUGAGGAUCAGUAUAUCCCCGCUGUGCUGAUAUUUGCAUCUGCAGAUAGUGCUCGCACAUUACCUUUCAAUGACGAACUUAAAUCUCUGUUCUUCAGAUGCGAUGAUCCCGUGCCGUACCGAGAGGGGGAUCCCAUUCCCGUGGGUUUAUACAGCGAGCCGGUAGACCGUACAUGGGGCGAUAUUGCUGAAGAAGGAUUUCGUCUUGUACUACCAUUUCACCAACAGCCGGGUACUGGGAGUAACGAUGGUGCUAGGCAUAGUGAUGGAAGUUUAAUUGGGCGACAGACAUUUACACAACUCUUCCAGCAUGGCAACUACUACCCGUUUGGAGGUGAGCACCGAGCUCAACGGUUGGAAAGGUUGCUAGAUCGAUGGCGAGAGCUGGUGGAAAAUGGCCAGUGGACAGUGGGUAGGGAGGGGGUAGAAGGCGUUAUUGACACAUUUAAGGAUGCAGACAGGGGUGCCUGGAGAGACUACUGGAUUCCACCUGACUGGUGA